GGAUUGAACUUCGGACCUUGCACUUGUAAGGCAGGCAGCAGCACCAUUGAGCUAAAUCCCCAGCCCAUGCUUUGAACACCUUUGCAUUCCUUUCUCCCAAUCUUGUCCUGUGAAAUUUCAACCCAGGAUUGGUUCUGCACUAUGCUUUAUGAAUGUUUCUCUGUCCUAGAUGUGUAUGUCAGAUAUGAGGAUCUGUCAGCACAUAGUAGACCCUUCCAUGUUUGAGUUUCAUUUUUAAAGAUUUGUAUUUUUUUUUUAAAAAUGGUACUGUGGGCUAAAUCCAGAGCCUUUGCACUGAGCUAUAUCCUCAGACUUUUUAUUUUUAUUUUGAGGGUAGGUCUUAUCAGUUGCCCAGGCAAGAUCCUACAUCUUCAAUUUAUUGGGGAUAAGUUUCUGCCUACUUCACCCAGCCUCUGAUUCUUUGGCACUGGCCUGUAGUAUUUUUUAAGACCCUUAGGCAACCUCAGUCUUGUUAUAACAAGAAGUUCAACUGAUUAGCACAGUUGUGUCACCUUGUCUAAAGUAGUACAAUCAGCAAUGGCAUCAGACACAACCCAGAAAAUGACAAAACUUUGUUGGAAGAGGAAAAAAAUUUCAGCUAUACAGUGGAGAAGCUGGGGUUGUAAAAUUAUAACCAAAAGGGGAAUCAAAGACUCCAUCUGGGGCAUUUGUACCAUUUCAAAGCUAGAUGCUCGAAUCCAGCAAAAGAGAGAGGAGCAGCGACGAAGAAGGGCCAGUAGUGUUUUGGCUCAGAGGAGAGCCCAGAGUAUAGAGCGGAAGCAGGAGAGUGAAACACGCAUCGUUAAUAGAAUUUUCCAGUGCUGUGCUUGGAAUGGUGGCGUAUUCUGGUUAAGUCUCCUCUUCUUUUAUCGAAUAUGUAUUCCUAUGCUUCAGUCAGGAACCGCCCGAGUUAUUGGUGAUCCGUCUUUACAUGGAUAUCUUUGGUCGUGGCUGGAAUUCCUCCUCACGUCGGUUUUCAGCGCUCUUUGGGUGCUUCCCCUGUUUGUGCUUAGCAAAGUCGUGAAUGCCAUUUGGUUUCAAGAUAUAGCUGACCUGGCAUUUGAGGUAUCAGGGAGAAAGCCUCACCCAUUUCCCAGUGUCAGCAAAAUAAUUGCUGACAUGCUCUUCAACCUUUUGCUGCAGGCUCUUUUCCUUCUCCAGGGGAUGUUUGUGAGUCUCUUUCCCAUCCAUCUUGUUGGUCAGCUGGUCAGUCUGCUUCAUAUGUCCCUACUCUACUCACUGUACUGCUUUGAAUAUCGUUGGUUCAAUAAAGGGAUUGAAAUGCAUCAGCGAUUGUCAAACAUAGAAAGGAACUGGCCUUACUACUUUGGAUUUGGUUUGCCCUUGGCUUUCCUCACAGCAAUGCAGCCCUCAUAUAUUAUCAGUGGCUGCCUCUUCUCUAUCCUCUUUCCUUUAUUCAUCAUCAGCGCCAAUGAAGCAAAGACUCCUGGAAAAGCAUACCUUUUCCAGUUACGUCUCUUCUCCUUGGUGGUCUUCUUAAGCAACAGAUUCUUCCAUAAGACAGUCUACCUGCAGUCUUCACUGAGCAGCUCCACCUCUGCUGAGAAGUUCCCCUCACCGCAUCCGUCUCCUGCCAAACUGAAGGCUGCCGCAGGCCACUGAGUUGACUGCCAUCCCGAGGGGAAGGGUGGGAUUGGAGGGAGGCUGUGGCAGCUGUUUUCUCUGUUCUCCCCAGCCAGGGAAGGCAGGACCCAUUCUGCCAUGGGUCCUCUGCAUAGUCCCUUCUCUUUGAAGAAAUGGAAUUUUUGUCUCUGGUGCACGUAAGGCAGAAUCUUCCUGACACCAGUGUGUGGAUUUUUAACACCAUCAUGAGUCUGAAUGGACCACAGGUUUUUCUGUAGUUUCUACAGAAAUUUCUAGCACUUGCCAGCCCCUGUGCCUGGACUGAUUUGAAUACUUUGUUCCCCUGUGCCAUUUACCCCCCUAUCCUUUCUGCCUUCCAGCACCCUUGGAUGAUUGAGUUUUGUAAUUCUAGCUGUUGUAUUUUGUGGAUUUGUUAUUUUUGUUGUUUUCUGUGAAGCACAUACAUGGAUGAGGGAGGUGAGAGGGAGUAUGGUGUCUCAGUUGCUCCUGGUCACUCUCUUUUAUAGCCAUCACUGUCUUGUUUCUUGUAACUCAGGUUAGGUUUUGAUCUCUCUUGCUCUACUGCAAAAAAGAAGAAAAAAAAAGAGCGUGGAGAGAUAGGACAGAAGGAAAGACCUCACAGCCAGAUCAGCUAGGUUUUGAGGAAUAAUUUUCUUUCUUCCCCUUGAAGGGGAAAAAGCUUUUCUUUCAUUGGUACAUUUAAAGCUCCCCAGCUGUGGAGAGGUACCGAUUCUGGAUAAGUGCCACCACAACCGAGAAUGCUCAAGAGAACCUGAACUUUUCAUCUCUGAAGGGUAGAAAUUUACUUUUGGCCACUGCCAUGUCUCACUGGUAUUUCAAAGGAAUAACGGGUGCUGCAAAUAGGAACUGAAGGGGUACACUUAUUAAACCCAUUAAACUUGUUGAGUGGUGAUGAUAUUUUCUGUCAUUUUAAGAGACUAAAUAUGGGGAGGAGGGCAGAUGUCAGAACACUUGUACAAUUUUCAAUGUCACAAUUAAACGAGCUGGUUUCCCACAA